AUGAUGUCCUUGGAAAGGAGGACAAUGGUGGCCGAGCCAGCCAAAAGGAACAAGAGCAGGCUACUCAACUCCAACCUCGAACACGAGAUACACUGCGGCGAGGUGUUUUGCCGUACGGAAGGCUUCUCCAAGGGUAGUUACUCCUCAACGAAUAACCUUCACUCUCAAUCGCAAACCCACGAGGAGUUCGUUGCUAAGGUUGGCAACAAAGGAGGGAAGGCUACUCGAAAGCAGAUUGAUCAUGCAACCAUUGACUGUUUUGUGGAUGUGGUCGACGUCGAGAGUGGCAAGUCUCUCGAGGAUAAGCCGUCACAACAAACAGGAAGCCUACCCGAGAAUACCACCGACGUUCCCAAUAGUGACACCAAGCCUGACCCCCCCAAGGAUGAUAAGUCUGCCAGCGAGUUCGGCAAUGGCGCCGCCAACAAGUACUUGGGACAACGCUCGAUUGUCAAACAAAUUUACAGUUACACGGAGAAAGAAGAAAGAUUGGACAUUUCCAACAAUGGCAACUCGACAUGCAGAAGGAGGAAACACGACAAAGCACAGCGCGAAGAGAAAGGCAUUUCGGAAGAAGCACUUCUAGGAAGCCGCCUGGCAUCCACACAAACUAUCGGACCGCAAUUGAAGGCUCUCAUAAAAACAAUGCUACUUGUCUAA